UAAAUGGGGUUUCACAACACCAACAGCAAAACGCGCGCACAGACACACUCUCUCUCUUCGAUGCUUCGCCGCAAUGUUCCAUUCAUCACCUCAAACCAGCCGCGCAUCACAAUCAUCUCAACCCUCCGCCAAAAAUCAAGCGGCGGAAGAAGACCAAAGAAAAAAACCUACCACCGAGUCCUCGAACUCGACAGAGUAAUGGAGCUUCGCAAGAAACCAACAACCAUCCUCGAACUCAAAACCCUAAUUCAAUCCCAACCCAAAAACAACCCUCUCUUCCUCCGCGACCUCGAGAAAAACGUCGGCUUCGUUCGUAAAUGGGACUUCAUGGCCCUCAUUGAAAAACACCCCACCAUUUUCCGUGUAACAGGAUCUCCCCCGUUGGUUCAUUUCACUGAUAAGGCCCAACGAGUGGCCCACGAAGAAGCCCGGGCCCGAAUUCUGAUGGAGCCGAUUUUGGUUAAUAAUCUUAAGAAGAUGCUUAUGCUUUGUGUUGACUGUAGGAUUCCACUUGAAACGGUUGAGUUUGUUGGGCCUGAGAUGGGUUUGCCUUGUGAUUUUAAAGGGUGUUUGAUUGAUAAGUACCCUCAGUUCUUUUCUGUUAGGGCUUUCAAUGGAAGGGAUUAUCUUUAUUUGGAGGAUUGGGAUUCUACUUUAGCUGUUACUGCUAGAGAAGCUAGGUUGGCACAGGAAGGAGUUGUUGUGAACAUGAAACCAAACGUGGAUGAGAAGAAGGUGAAGAUUUCAAGAGAUGGGAACUAUGCUGGUCCAUUUGCCUUCAAAGUGAACUUUCCUGCUGGUUUUAGGCCAAAUGUUAAUUUCCUUGAACAGUUUGAGCGGUGGCAGAAAUUGGAGUUUCCGUCUCCUUAUUUGAAUGCAAGAAGGUUUGAUGCCGCAGAUCCGAAAACUCGAAAACGAGCCUUGGGAGUUAUUCAUGAGCUCCUCAGCUUGACCAUGGAGAGGAGGAUGACAUCUGCCCAACUGGAUGCAUUUCAUGCAGAGUGUUUUUUGCCGUCGCAAUUGCUGCUUUGCUUAAUAAAGCAUCAUGGGAUAUUUUACCUCACUAAUAAAGGUGUAAGGAGUACGGUUUUUCUCAAAGACGGUUAUGUUGGUUCGAACUUGAUAGGUAAGUGUCCUUUAUUGCAAUUUAAUGAUAAAUUUGUGGCACUCUGUGGUAGAGGAAAUGUUGAUUUGUGCGAAAUCAAGAGUUCUUUACAAGCUGUUGUUUAGACGUUGAAUUUUCUGGAGUCUAUCAGCUUCCCUCCCUGUGUAACAGAUGGAUGAUUGCAAUCCAAGUACAUCUGCCUCAUACUUUCACAGAAUUACUUAUUGGAUUGGAUCAUUCGAAUUGUGCGCACCUUACAAGCGUCAAGAUCAAGGUGUUGUAGAAAAGUGUAUCGUGUCAAGUUAUGAACCUCGCGGUACCUUGGUUCAUUUAGUUGACAAUUUGCACUGAUAAUCCAAUGUGUAUAUUUGCUCCCGAGUAACUUAAUCAUCUCUCAUAUCACUCAACGAGUGAUUAAAAAAAUGGCAUGUAUGAAUGAGGCUUGAAUGGAGACUUGGGCUAUAUGGAGCCUUCGACAAGAUCUUACCUUGCAUGUGCUCCUCUUAAUGCAUACAUGGGUCGCAAGUUAAGGGCAUGUAAUCACUUCAAGAGCAGCCAUCAGAGUUUUGGUGCAGUAGUUUUUCUGAAUGCUUUUCCCACUUGUUAGAGAAAAUGUUCUUACCAGGAAAAACUUAGGCAUCACUGAAUGUUUUGGUUCAGAAAUUGUUCUUGAUAAAAAAUAUUCAGCCUCGAAAAGGAAUUCAACUUUCAACAAAUUCAACAAAUGGUUAUUAUGCUGACACCGGGGUGUACAGAACCUGUCCCAGCCUGCAGACCCGUUAGGACGGAGUGAUUUGGCUUAGGUCUGACCCGAAUCUGGAAAAAAUGUGGGGUGGUAAGUGUCCCACGAUGUGACCCGGUAGAAGGAAGGGACACGGACGGGUCCGGGUCGACACAUGGGUCACUUCCUCUGUACCAUUUGUUAGUGAGGACUUGGGUUGUUUUUUACUUACCCAGUAUUAAGGACACACUAGACAUCAAUGUAUUGUUCGUCCAAAUACUCCGUUGUUCUAAUUUAAACUCAGUUACACUGGUAUUUAUUCUAAUUUAUUUUUGCUCAUGAAAUGGCUUUAUUUGCUGAGUUGGUUGGUUUCAUUAUGGACUAAAUAAUUAGUUGAACCAUAGGAAAAACUCUUGUCAUUAUUUAUGUUCUUGAGUUGAUUUCAUUUUGCUUGUGUUA